AUCAAAUACUUCUGCAUUUUCAAAAACUAAAACCGUCAACACAAAUUUUUCUUCUCUCCUCCUCUCUAAAACGAAUCGACGAAUUUGACCCCUUCCCACGAUCUUGGUCGUCUUCUGAAACCCUGAUCGGAUUCGUGAAGCUAUGGACAAAAGCAUCAGCAUCACCUCUUCCAACGUUAGCACAACGACUUCUAUAGAGAAGAUCGAUCACGCGGCGAGCUGGAUCAGCGCCACCGUUAUCUCCGCUUUCUUUUCCUCUCUUGAACGCUGCGCCUGCGUCAAUCUCUCCACCUCUCAUGAUGAUGAUGAAGACGACGAUAACGACGAGGCUCACCACCGUCCUCUUGCUCUCUCCGCCGCUCCUCAUCAACACGACAUUGUUUAGCUCUGUUUUUUUUAACCUCAUGGUAAAAAUAACAAUUUACUCCUCUCGUGAUUGGUAUGAAUUUGUAAUUUCUUGAUUUUUAAUACAAUAUCUAAAGUGUGUAACGCUAUGAUGCCUGAAUGAGAAUUUGAUUAAUUGCGUGAUUGAAUCA